AUGAUUGCUGGAGAGUGGAGACAAAGCAACGAGAGAAAAUCCUUAAUAAGACUUCGUUUAGUGUCGUUGAUAACCAAAGUCCUUUUUCCGGAAUUCAAAUUGCAAUCAACACUUCGCUACAAGAUUCAUCAGCAACAUUUAAAUGAAAAGUUUGCAGCAGAAGCCAAAAGUUCUCCGAAAAAAAGAAAUGUCACUAAAUAG